AUGGAGGCGGUUGCACUGGUAGCGUUGACUUUUUUACUGGGAGCACUGGUUGUUUUGGUCGCUUUUGCAGUUGGGAAACGGAAAGAAGAACUACAAGAAGAGGCCGUGCAGACAAGCGUAUGUGCUGGUAAUGCAGCAAAGGGUCCGAUGUUAAAGAAACAUAAGCAAGAGAAGCAGCAGCGCACCCGGAGAGAUAAAUCUUCACAACACAACUUCAACCAUCCUCUACUGGCUUCCUCACUUAAGGGCCACAGCGGGUAUGUGACGUGCUUGGAUUUCAGCAGCAACGGGAAGUACCUGGCGUCGUGUGCCGAUGACCGCACUGUACGAAUAUGGAGCACCAAAGACUUCCUCGACCGGGAGCACAAGUAUCUGAGGGCUAACGUGGAACUGGACCAUGCCACGCUGGUGCGUUUUAGCCCGGAUUCCAGGGCGUUUAUCACCUGGCUAGCUAAUGAGGACACGAUCCGUAUCUUCAAAAUGAACAAAAAGGAUGACGGCACCAUGAGUUUCAAAGCUGCCGCCAAGGACUUCCCGAUCAAACACAAGGCCGACAUUCUAAACAUCGGCAUUGCAGAGACUGGCAAGUUCAUUAUGAGUGCCUACACUGACACCACCAUCCACAUUUGGGACCUGAAGGGAGAAAUACUGGCUUCUAUCAAUACGAACCAGAUGACCAAUGCUUAUGCAGCCAUCUCCCCGUGUGGCAGGUUUGUAGCUUCCUGUGGUUUCACCCCUGACGUCAAAGUAUGGGAGGUGUGCUUUACAAAGACGGGCGACUUCAAGGAGGUGACCCGAGCCUUUGAGCUGAAAGGCCACUCUGCGGGAGUGCACGCGUUUGCCUUCUCCAAUGACUCCCAUAAAAUGGUGACAGUGUCCAAAGACGGCACGUUGAAGUUGUGGAACACAAACGUCGAGUACAAAAAGCAACAGGAUCCUUACCUGCUCAAGACCGUCAAGUGUUCGUCAUCCAACGGCAGCCUUGCAGCGAUGUCGCCGGACGGCCGCGUAGUAGCCAUCAGCGACGGCUGCAACGUGACCAUGUACGACGCUUCCAGCGGCGAGUUGGAGGAGCAGUUUCUCGCUGUGCACAGCCUCCAAAUAGAGGACCUCCGCUUCGACACCACAGGCCGCUAUUUGGCAUGCUGCGGCGACAAGGCCAUUCGUGUGUUCCACAACGCCCCUGGCUACCGUGCGACCAUUAGGGACAUGCAGGACAUGCUGAAGAAGGCACAGAACGAGGCCAUGAAGCAGAGGCUGAAGCAGCAGAUCAGUGAAGCGCAGAGAGCCCUGGACGCCAUGCUGGCUGCUCCUGUCUUAUGA